AUGGCUAUUUCAACUGAACAGCUAGCCGCCAACGGCCACACGAAUGGCCACACAAACGGCACGGCAACUCCGCUAGAUUCCAGUUCAACAUCAGAGAAACCAGUGCAUCCGCGCUCCGUGCCUUUGAACAGAGAGUAUGGCUACACUCCGCGCAAACUGCGCAUCAUAACCAUCGGCGCUGGCUUCUCAGGACUUCUAAUGGCCCAUAAGAUUCAACAUCGCUUCAAAGAGCUAGAGGAGUACGUCACGCACACCAUUUUUGAGAUGAGGAAAGAUAUCGGGGGCACCUGGUUGGUCAACGACUAUCCUGGAGUACAAUGUGACGUCCCAGCCCACAUAUACGCCUUUCCCUUUGACCCGAACCCGAACUGGACGAAGUUCUACGCCAGCGGUCCUGAAAUUCAGGCGUACAUCAAGAACACAGUCGCAAAAUGGAAUCUCGACCGGGAUGUGCAGCUCAACACUCGCGUGGUCGGCGCCCGCUGGAACGAAAAUGAUGGGGUGUGGAAAGUCACUGUGGAACGCGACGGAGUACAGCGUGAUGAGUUCGCAGAGAUCCUGAUAUCGGGACAAGGGGUGUUAUGCCACCCAUCUUGGCCAACGAUCCCUGGUCUCCGUCAAUUCAAGGGCAAGGUUGUGCACUCGGCGGAGUGGGACCAUGGGUUCGAUUAUUCCCACAAGCGCAUUGCGGUCAUAGGAAACGGAUCCUCGGGAAUUCAGAUUACGCCGCAGAUGGCGAACCUUCCUGGAACAGAGGUCGUGAACUUUGUCCGGGGCGGUGGUUGGAUCUACUAUCGUAUCCCUCCGUCGAGGCAUUUGGGCAGGACAACCGACGAGGUGAAUCCGACGUACACCGAGGAGGAGAAAACCAGGUUCCAAGACCCGGAAUAUCAUCACCAGUAUCGCAAGGGGAUUAUUGAUCGGACGAACAAAGCUUACAAACUGUUCUUGAAAGGCAAAAAUAACGAAGAGGCCGUGCGCUUCGGCACUGAGCAGAUGGCCGCGAAGCUCAAUCAUGACCCUGAGCUCUGCCGCAUACUCAUUCCUAAGUGGGAAGUGGGCUGCAGACGUGUUACUCCAGGCCCGGGGUAUUUGGAGGCCUUCUCCAAGCCAAACUGCAAUCUAACCGACAGCCCUAUUACGCACAUCAGCGAGAACGCCGUCCACACCACGGACGGAAAUGUAUUUGAAUGCGACGUUGUUAUCUGCGCUACCGGCUUCGAUGUCUCGCACCGUCCACGGUUCCCACUCAUUGGGCAGAACGGGGCGAAUCUUGCUGAGAAGUGGGCUGAUGAGCCAGAGUCGUACCUCUCAGUCGCGACAGCGGGCUUUCCGAACUAUUUCAUUUUCUCGGGCCCCAACUCACUCGGCGGACACGGAUCCCUCGUUGAAGCCCUAAACUGGACCGGGGACUACUUCGUGAAAUGGAUCAAGAAGAUCGCCACAGAGGAUAUCAAGUCCGUUGUCCCGAAGAAGUCAGCCGAGGAGGCAUUUGUGCGGUACGGUGACGAAGUCCACAAGACGAUCGUGUGGACCGGCAGCUGCAAGAGUUGGUAUAAGCGGAACAAGGCAAAUGGACGAGUCACAGCGCUGUUUGGUGGAUCGGCGCUGCUCUUUAAUCGGCUAAUUAGUGAAUUGCGUCCCGAGGAUUUCGAGAUCGAGUAUCAUAGCGCAAAUAAUUUCAGGUUCCUCGGUAAUGGGUUCUUGGAGUAUGAGAUGGAUCCGGAGCAGGAUCUUUCAUGGUACGUUGAGCUACCUGAACCACUGAAGCAGUGA